CCGCAGCCACUCUCUGCCACUGCAGUCUCACGUUCUGUACCACUACUGCCCUGUUGGCCGGAUUAACUCAUAGAACGGCGAAAAGACCAAACAGACAUCAUGUCUGAGAAAAAGAUGUCAUCGAGCCGCAAGCAUCAUCUGAAGAGCCUGAUGCUCCAGAUCGCCCAGGAACUGAUAGCGGAAGAGGAAGCCCAGUCUUUAGAGGACAGGAAGCAGUACAUGAGCGAAAAUAUCACUCCUCUGCAGCUCACAGGAUCCAUUGCAGAACUCCAGGACCUGUGUAAGAAGAUGCACCAGAAGAUUGAUGUGAUAGAUGAGGAGAGAUACGACCUGGGCAGCAAAGUUGGCAAAAGUGACAAAGAGAUUGAGGAUCUGCAGAUUAAAGUACAGGACCUGAAGGGCAAGUUCAAGAAGCCCGUCCUGAAGAAAGUCCGCAUGUCUGCUGAUGCUAUGCUCCAGGCUCUGCUGGGCUCCAAACACAAGGUGUCCAUGGACCUGAGGGCCAACCUGAAGCAAGUCAAGAAGGAGGUCAAGGAAGAGGACAAAGAAUCUGUGGGUGACUGGCGUAAGAACAUCGAAGACAAAUCAGACAGGAAGAAGAUGUUUGAGACUACUAAGGAGUAGAUGUUACUGGAGAUCCAGACAGUAAGUAGUUUGAGACUCAUAAGGAGUAGAUGUUACUGGAGUUCCAGACAGGGAGAUGUUAGAGACUCAUAAGGAGUAGAUGUUACUGGAGUUCCAGACAGG